AUGAAGGCGAAAUUCACAGAUGACGCAAAGAACAGUGGGAAGGCUGACUGCUGCUCAGAGUUGCUCACCAACACAUGCAUCUGCAUCGAGGAGAGACCAAAAGGAGCCAGUUACCCUGAGGUGCGGAGGAAGGUGGUGUGCAGCAAGCAGGAACUGCAGGAUGUUCCUCAGAGCAGUCUGCUCCCCAACAGGACUGGACAUCUGGCUCAGAAGGCAAUUCUGUUCAGGGAUGACGAGAAGCUCAAUGAUGAGGCAGAAUCUCCAAGGGGAUCCCAGAGGAGAUGGGAUCCUGCCGAGGGGAUCCCAGAGGAGACGGGAUCCUGCCGAGGGGAUCCCAGAGGAAAUGGGAUCCUGCCGAGUGGAUCCCAGAGGAGACUGGAUCUCAGAGGAGACGGGAUCCUGCCGAGUGGAUCCCAGAGGAGACGGGAUCCCAGAGGAGACGGGAUCCUUUCGAGUGGAUCCCAGAGGAGACGGGAUCCCAGAGGAGACGGGAUCCUGCCGAAUGGGCCACUGGAGCUGCCAAUCCUGCAGUUGAUUCCAUCCCUUCGGCAGGUAGUUUUCCAAGGGGAUCGGCUGCCGUUCCUGUGCACCGCGACCUAUUUGGACAACAGCACCAGGGUGUUGUGGUACCAUAACAACAUGUUGGUACAGCCACAGGAGGAUGGAGCUGCGAUCACUGUCGAGAGCUUGAUUCACGACUGCUCUCUGAUAUCCAGUGAACUAAUCCUUUCAAACAUUUACCUGCUUGCCAGUGGGGAAUGGGAGUGUGUCAUCACAACAUCACGUGGCAAAGUAUCCAGGAAAGUGGACAUUGUGGUGAUCGACACAUCUGCAACGUACUGCCAGGCUGAACAGGUCACAAACAACAGGGGAGAGUUCAGGUGGCCUCGUACUCUGGCUGGGAUAACUGUCUAUCAGCCGUGCCUGCAGUAUCCCUAUCCUUCCAGCUCUGUCAACGGAGUCUCCCUGGAGAAGAGGACUUCCCGGAAAUGCCAGCGCUCAGGCCAGUGGGAGGAGGCGGAUUAUUCCGAGUGUCUCUACACCAAUGACUACACCCGGGUCCUGUACACCUUCAUCCUGAUGCCCAUUAACAGUUCCAAUGCCCUCACCCUUGCUCAUCAGUUGCUGGCCUACACAGUGGAAGCUGCCAAUUUCUGUGAUAUGAUGGAUGUCAUUUACGUGGCUCAGAUGAUUGAGAAAUUCAUCAGCUUCACCGCUGAGAUCCAUGAUCUCAGUGACCUGGUUGUGGAAAUGGCCAGUAAUAUGAUGUUGGUGGAUGAACAUGUUCUGUGGAUGGCACAGCAGGACAGUGCUGCCUGUUCCAGGAUUGUCCGAUCGGUGGAACACAUCGCUGUCCUCACCCUGGCGUCGGAUUCCCAGGCCAUCACCAAGGUUUCUACAAACAUUGCAGUGGAAGCGUUCCUGGUGAAGCCAGCCGGAUACAUGGGUCUCAGUUGCACAGCAUUCCAGAGGGAGCACCCAUUCCCCAACAGGGAAGGCCAGGUGCAUGGUACCAGACCACAACUCAGCUUCCGCUGUAACACUGGGAACCUCACCGGCUCGCUGAGAAACUUCCCCGUCAAGAACAGCAUUGCUUUGGCCUCAGUGCAGUUGCCUCUAUCCCUAUUUUCCCAGUCGGCCCCUGGCCCCGGUGGGAACAGCUCCAGUUGCCGGCUGCAGUUUGUGGUGUUCCGUAAUGGGAAGCUGUUCCCCAGCACCGGGAACUCGAGUAACCUCGCUGACCAGAGUAGGCAGAGGAGUCCCUCCACACCAGUCAUCUUCACCGGGACAGAUGGUUGUGGUGUGAGUGAGGCCCGGGAUCCUAUCCUGGUAUCUCUGCGUCACUGGCAAACGGGUGAAGACCAGGUGGCUGCCCAUUGGAACUUUGAGCUUCUCAACGGCUAUGGAGGCUGGCAGGUUGCAGGAUGCCACAUCACACAUACCAAGGCCAACAUCACCAGCAUGUGGUGCCACACAUUCAGUAACAUGGCAGUGCUGAAGAUAAGGAACCAGCCUGUGCCAACUCCUGGUGCCAUCCAAGCUCUCCACCCUAUUAUCUACAGCUGCACCGUGGUCCUCUUGAUAUGCCUCUUCAUUGCCAUCAUUACCUACAUCCUGAAGCACAACACAAUCCGGGUCUCCAGGAAGAAUUGGCACAUGCUCCUGAACCUGUGGUUUCACAUCUCGAUGACGUGUGCUGUGUUCACCGGUGGGAUCAAUCGGACUGAGUAUGGACUGAUCUGCCAAGUGGUGAGUGCUGAUUGGAGCUGCACUGAACGGUGGGUGUGAGGUACAGACUCUGGCCUACAGACACAUGUCCCAU